UCCGUACAGGGGUGAUAGGAUUCACAUAAACAUGGAAAUCAGUAGUUAUUACCUCUAUGAAUGAAGUUGAGAGUUUAGAAAUUGGCCACAUGACUGACUGAACACGGUCGAAGCAAUGGGGCUUAGAUUUGUUGUGACGUUAAUGUUUAUUUUAUCCUUUGUUAAAAAAGAUGUCUUCGGUAAUAUGGUCAGUAUGAAGAUAGUCGAUGAACCCUCAAGCUAUGGUUUAAGCAACAGUUUUGGUGGCCUGUACCAGUCCCAGGAAGACAAGCUGCAGAUGAGGGUUCAUCCAGCCAACUUCUCGGGGCCUGCUCAUCUCAAGAGGCUGGUGGGGAAGUGCUUCAGUCUGGUGGACAACAGCUAUAAGUAUGAGUUCUGUCCCUUCUACAACGUGACCCAGCAUGAGCAGAGCCUGAGAUGGAAUCCAUACAGUGGAGUUCUGGGAGGGUAUCAGGAGUGGGAGAUCGAGAACAACACAUUCCACGCCAUGGUGAUGAGGGAGGGCGAUGCAUGUGGGGAAAUAUUCAGAUCAGUGAAGGUGUUCUUCAGGUGCAGCAACCACAGCCACGUGACUAAAGUGUCCGAGCCUCACACCUGUCAGUAUCACAUGGACUUCCUGACCCCCCUGGUCUGCCACAACCACUCCAUGCUGGUGUACCCCACCCUAGCGCGGGAACUGCAGGGGGAGUGGGACAGGGUUGAGGGGGAGCUUGUCAGGGAGGAAAUUACUCAACAGGGCUACAAGAAAAAGUUACGAAAAAUAUUUGAAGAUGCUGGAUAUUAUCUGUCAAAAGAAAAACAUAAAAUACUUUCCAAAGUACCAGAGAUUAAAAAGGAAGAACCAGCUAAGCCUGUGGAGGAGCCAAAGGGAGAGUUCUCAUCGAUGCAAAAAUGUACAGAGGAAGUCGCCAAGUUACGAGAGGAGCUUGCCCAGCUGAAGGAAGGGCUGCUAGUACGAGGGAUCAAGGAGUUCGAGCUAAGUAAUAAAAAAGCUGAAAAAUAACAUGAUGCAGUGUAUGUUACCAUGGUUACUGUGAUCACGGCUUCCGGCUUUGAGAGUCAAUCCACCAAUACAAGAUCACCAAAAUGUCACCGCAAUACAGAAUGGAACUGAAGAAAAUAAACAUGAAUCGUUGUGAUCUCAAUUCAUCAACAUCAUAAUCAUCAUUUUCAAUUGAAAUCCACAGACAUCCACGUGAAGCCGGUGUUGUUUAUAUGUGUUGUGUGACAUCUGGAGAACAGUUCGUGUUGUUCCCAUCUCCUACCCAGAGUUCCAAGUAGCCAGCCUGGUACCUCCGCCACAGACCAGAGACAUGGGAUGAUCUGUCACAUUUUACACAGUCCAUUCAACUGAAGAUACUGCAUCUGUUUUUCAUCGGUUUCAUUUUUCACAAGUCUACACAUUUAGAUAAAGAUAUAUCAUAGCGUGGUUGACAUUCAUUGAGAAAAUAUCCUUAAACAUGAAAAACUAUUUGCAUACUAUCCUUUGUUUACAUUGGUUGUACGUCUCCACGUGCUAUCAUCGAAGCGCUACUUCGAUGUUUAAAGAUACAUUUCAUGCAACUCACUGUUGCAGUUGUAGCAGCAUAUCUAUAUAAUUAUGCAAAACAAUAUCUAAAGUGCACUGAAAAGCUCCCAUGAGGCCUGUACUGAUUUCAGAAUUAGCAUGUUUGUUUACAAACAAGAAAGUCAAAUUAGCCUGUGGCAAUGGUGUAAUGCUGUCAUCACUGCACCCUUGUCAUGGCAAGGAGCCAGUGGAUGCAUACAAGUUGGCCCAUAUUUUGAGAGGAACAUGAAAUUUGUCACGUUAUUACAUACAACUAAAAAGUUAUGUAAUGUGAAAGAAUUGGGUAAUUUUUUUUGCGUCAUAUAUGUAGAAUUGGUUUUGAUUUGUUGCUAAGUUAUUGUGUAUUUUUCCUGUUAUACUGACCUGUUGUCUGUCAGUAGAGCAUCAUGUGAGACCACUGUGGGAAUUCCAGGUUAGAAUAGGUCACCAGCUACCUAUACAUGAUGCAUAGGGUGGUAUCAUAACCCAGUGACGUGACGUUGCUCUUAUUAUCAGUCACUCAAUUGUCUGGCCCAGACUCAAUAUAUUUUGUUGUUUAACGCCACACUCAGCAAUAUUCCAGCUACAUGACAGUGGUCUGUAAAUAAUCGAGUCUGGACCACAGAUUCAGUGAUUUACAUCAUGAGCAUUGAGUUUGAGGCCAGUUUCCAGGUCAGGUAUUGUGAUUGUACAUAUUUUCAAUGCAAAAUCCUAAUGAUGUGUGGAAACUUGAUUCUUUUCAUGACCUUGUGAUGACUCUACUUAUAGUUGAUAACCCUGUUAGGAUGAUUUUGCACCUUUAAGUCAUGACUUUAAUACAUACAGCAGAAUACAUUCCAGUUUUUAAUUAUUAAAUAGAAUUUGAGUUUGGGGGGACAGUAUUCUGCAUUCAUCAGGGCUGGAUACCUGGUAAUCCAGAUUAAUCAGGUUCCACUACUUGUACAGAGAUGGGAUAUUCAUAUUACUGUGGGAAUAAAUAUUUUGUUUACUGGG